AUGCUGCUGUUGAACCUGUUACCCACCAACGUUCUCGAGCGUAUCAUUGGUGAGUUGGGCCAAAGUGACAAGGUCCGUUUGGGUGCAACUUGUUCAGAAAUUCUUCAUUUGGUCAACUGUCAGUUGUACUACAAAAUCUUGAUUAUUUCCCGAUACGAGUCUCCAGGUGCCAGGCUGUACUCUAACUGUUCUACGCUCGAUGUUGAACGCCUUUCACAGUUUGUUCAGGGUUUAACCACACACAAUUUCAACUACAUUGACAAGAUUCUGAUUCAUGCUCAAUCAAAUCUUAUUGAGUACGAUUACGCUCCUCUUUACGAGAAGAUUCUGAGGUUGUGGGAUAGACUGAACCACAAGAUCUACUUUUCCAAUUAUGACAUCCAGAACUUGCGCAGACGUGAAUCGCUUACUACCUAUGCUUUGCAAAAAUCCACAACUUAUGUGGAAAACGAGGAAGAACAAUUUUGCGAGCACCGCAUGAGUCAGAGGGUCCCAAAGGUAAAUAAUUUGAAAAGUUGGGUUGCUCUCGAUGUUCAGGAACUAAUGGAGCUUCCGUUCAAUCCUAAUCUUGUUAGCUUGAAUGUGUUUAUCGAGCGCAGGAUGUUGUCUCCGCCUUCAUCAGUCGACACAAGAUCACUUUUCCGCAAUCUUUUGCAACUCCGCUCACUUUAUUUGAGCCUGCCUACCUCGACCUAUGCUUUUUUUAGACUAUUAGAACGCGGCCCUAGAUUGGAGAAUCUUCAUCAACUAUCGAUUUCCAAUUCUCACACCCUCAAGAAUAGCACCAUCUUGACGUUCGGUGGUCUCAAUCGCAUUUUCAACCUCAAUGGCCUUCAAGCUUUGGAAUUGAAGGUUAAUUGUGUGCAUGAGUUCUGUGGGUCCCAGUGCAUCCCAGCUAUCUUUGCUGACUGGGCAGCAUAUAACAGAAUGACGGGCGAAACUCCUAGCUUGAAGAAACUUGCGGUGAUAAAUUUCAAAUCUUGCAACACGAAAAAGAAUAUCCAGGAGUUUGGGAACCUAGUGACUACUUCUUUAUUUUCACCCAACUUUGAAAACUUGGAAGAAUUGUAUUUGAACAUCGAAGACUACCAAAACCUUACCCUUUCCGAAACAUCUACCAGGUUUGACUUCUCCAAGUUUGCAGCCGGUUUGAACCAGCAUUAUAAUUUAAAGAAGUUGAUCAUUCCAGACUUUUUCAACGCCUGGAUUUCUGCCAUUCCAUCCAUUUUAAAGCUCGAUUGCAACUUCUUUGAUGCUUUGGUAAACCAAUGCCAUUGCUCCCAAUGUCAUGAAACGAGGUGUAUGUUCUUGGCAAUGGCCAAGUCUGAUGCUCGAAACCAUUAUACUCAUGAUUUCCUGGCACUUGCAUACGAUCAUGACGGAGGUGAGAUUUACAUUGACACUAUCAAGGAUGAAAACCUCAAGUUUCUCAACUACUUGGUACUUAUCUUACAGCGCCAAUUCGUGUACUUGCACCAAAACCUCUUUUCAAUCAACUCCAUACUUCAAGCCUCUGAUGAGCCUUUUGUCGUGGAUGAGUCGCUCGUGCCAUUCAACCAGUUAUUCCAUCAUUCGUGCCUUGACAAACUCAUGGGUAUCGUUCAAAAGUACAGCGAUGUGAAGUCUGUUAAUUUGGGAGGCAUCCCCAUCGACCUUACAAAGGUUGCUAAUUAG